AUGGGUGACAAGAAGCGCAAGGCUACCGACAAUGUGGAGGAGGUGAACGACGUCCAAGAAAAGCAGGCGAAGAAGGAGAAGAAGGAAAAGAAGGAACGGAAGGAAAAGAAGCGCAAGCUUGCCGAGGCUGAAGCUGAGUCUGCCGAUACUAUGGAUGUUGAUGAGAAGGAUGAGAAGAAAGAGAAGAAGGAAAAGAAGGAGAAGAAGGAAAAGAAAGAAAAGAAGGAGAAGAAGGACAAGAAAGAGAAGAAGGAGAAGAGCGACAAGGAGGAGGAGAAGAGCGACGAGGAGAAGAAGGAGGAGAAGAAGGAAAAGAAGGAAAAGAAAGAGAAGAAGGACAAGAAGGAGAAAAAAGCCAAGAAGGAGACUGCCGAGGACGAUACCAGUGCCAAUGCUGAAGAGCAGCCUCAGAAGACCGAGAAGACCGAGGAAGCUUCACAAGAAAAGAAUUCCCGAUUUAUCUGCUUUGUCGGCAACCUUCCUUUCUCCGCAAACACUGAGUCUGUCACAAAACACUUCGAGAAGAACCCUCCCGCCAGCGUGCGUGUCGCCACCAACAAGGAUGACCCCAAGAACCGAAGCCGUGGAUUUGCGUUCAUCGAGUUUGACAACUACGACCGCAUGAAGACCUGUCUCCAGCUAUACCACCAUUCCACCUUCGACGAUGGAAAGUACCCGCCUCGUCGCAUCAAUGUUGAGUUGACUGCUGGCGGCGGCGGUGCUAAGUCCGAUCACCGCAAGGCAAAGAUCCAGGCCAAGAAUGAGAAGCUCAACGACGAGCGCCAGCGCAAGGCACAGGAAGCCAAGAAGGUCCAGAAUAAGCACGAUCAUGACAAGCGAUCUGCUCGCAAGGGUGCCACUGGUGCCAACGCGGUUGGUGCUGGCGAUGCUGCUCCUGCUCCUGCUGCUGAUGAAGAUAAAUAUGCCGGUGUGCACCCCAGUCGCCGGGGUCAGUUG